GAGUCCCGCCUCAGCAGCAAGCGGCGGCGGCAGCGCCCUGGGCUGUUCCCCUCAGGCGCGGCCGGAGAGCGCCAUGAAGAGCCGGCGGCGCUGGAGGUGGCGCUGGGAGCACCGCGGCUUCGCGCUGGGCUUGGCGCUCUACACGCUGCUGCUCCUGCUGCUGGUGUCUUACAUGCUGGACUACGGCGCCAGGAGAGGGCGCGCGGGAAAGGAGCGGCAGCCGCCGCCCCACCGCUGCCCCGACCUCGAGGAGGCGCUCGGGGACUGGGCGUGGGAAGGGCAGCCGGCACCGCCACCGGGAGAAGCCGCCGCUCCGCCCGCGCCCAGGCACGAAGCGAAGAGGAACGAGUCUGAGGACUCGGACGAAGCCGGCCCGGGGAGCCGGGCGGGCGGGAAGCGCCACAUCUACUUGCACGCCACCUGGCGCACGGGCUCGUCGUUCCUGGGCGAGCUGUUCAACCAGCACCCGGACGUCUUCUACCUGUACGAGCCCAUGUGGCACAUGUGGCAGGCGCUGUACCCGGGCGACGCGCUGAGCCUGCAGGGCGCGCUGCGAGACAUGGUGCGCUCGCUCUUCCGAUGCGAUUUCUCGGUCCUGCGCCUUUACGCCGCGCCGCCGGGGCCCCGAGACCCGCUGGCGCCCUUGUUGCCCGGCGGAGGCGGCGGCGUCAACCUCAGCACGGCCAGCAUCUUCGGCUGGAAGACCAACAAGGUGAUCUGCUCCGCGCCGCUGUGCCCCGCGGCGCCCCGCGCCCGCUCCGACGUGGGCCUGGUGGACGGCGCCGCUUGCGAGCGCAGCUGCCCUCCGCGGGCGCUGCGGGACUUGGAGGCCGAGUGCCGAAAGUACCCCGUGAUGGUGAUCAAGGACGUGAGGCUGCUGGAGCUGGGCGCGCUGCUGCCGCUGCUGCGCGACCCGGAGCUGGACCUGCGCGUGGUGCAGCUCUUCCGCGACCCGCGCGCCGUCCACAACUCGCGCCUCAAGGCCAAGCAGGCGCUGCUGCGGGAGAGCAUCCAGGUGCUGCGGAGCCGCCACCGCGCCGCCGAGCCCCGGGGACUCCCCCGCCGCCACCCUCUGCUGCCCCCCUUCGCCGGCGGCGCCGCGGCGGCUCUGGCCGGGGUCCACCCUCGCCAGCAGCACCGCGCCGAGUUCUUCCUGGGCGGCGCCCUCGAGGUGAUCUGCCAGGCCUGGCUGCGCGACCUGCUCUUCUCCCGCCGCGCGCCGGCCUGGCUGCGCGCGCGCUACACGCAGCUGCGCUACGAGGACCUGGUGCUGGAGCCGCGCGCCCAGCUGCGCCGGCUGCUGCGCUUCGCCGACCUGCCGUCGCCGCCCGCGCUCGAGGACUUCGUGCUCAACAUGACGCGCGGCGCCGCCUAUUCCUCCGAGCGCCCCUUCCUCAUCUCCGCCCGCGACGCGCGCGAAGCCAUCCACGCCUGGCGGGAGCGCCUCAGCCGGGAGCAGGUGCGCGAGGUGGAGGCGGCCUGCUGGGAGCCCAUGCGCCUGCUCGCCUACCCGCUCAGCGGCCAGGAGGACGGCGACCGGCAGGAGGCCUCCAGGGGGCGCCCCAGCCCUCCUCAUCCAGGUAGCCUCCGACCCACCUCCGGUCCCUUCGACCCUCCCUUGGGCAUCUUUCUCCCUCAGGGGCGAAGAGAGUGAGGCGGUUUGCUACUUGAGUUUGUGGUUCUCUAGCAGGCAGGCAUUAAGGCCUCAGGAGAAUUGCCAGGGGGAAAGGAUAGCUGCCCCUGUUGGGCCAUAGGUGCCAACUCCCUGGGGACCUGGGUGCCCAAGCACCCACAAAAUACCCCAUGAAGGGGCCGGGCACCCACAAAUUUCGGUGCCAGGGCCAUGCACGCUGCAUGUCACCCACGGUCACUGGCGCUCCUGGCAUGGGGAGAGGGGGGUGUGAUAUGGGGGACCUGUGUGGUCCAAAUUUUCAUUGCUGAUGUCUGGAUUUGGUCCCAUCCACUUAAGGAAGAGGGUUAAUCCCACUCUGCAGAAAAAGGGAGGAACUGUGCCACUCCAAACAUUUGUCUAAGUGCAGGAAUAUCUCCUUUCCUGUUAAAACUCUGUAACAGUAGUGUGCAUCCAGGCCUCUUUACCUGCAGUAAGGUUCACUAAAAGGAUUGGCAUUGGUAUACUCUUAAAAUGGAUGAAAUGCACACUGCCACCCUUGAUCUCUGCUUUUUGUGAGCUGCCUCGUUCUUUUUCCAUUUGCACCAGAAGUUAAGUCCACUGAACGCAGUUCCACUUAGGCGUCAAGGAAAUUACACUGGCUAUAAGGCAAGUCACGUGACCUGAGAGAUAAUUGGACGGUGCUGCGCACCAGCCAUUCAUCACAGGUGGUCGCACCAGGAGCAGCCAAUGUGAUGUUGUCUGACAAGGGAUGUAUGUACACCAUACAUUGGAUUUGCUGCUCUGUAACAUACUGGCUUUAUUUCUUGUUUAAAGUAUUUCCAUACCAUCGUUCAAUAAAACUGAUCUGAGAGCACCAUUAAAAUGUCACAGCAACAAAUACACACAACAAAACAGUUGGAAGAUGAAACAUGACCAUCAGCAAAAUCUAAAAAUGUAUAGAGUUUAAGAGCCUGAGAAUGAAAAGGGUGGGUUUUUUAAAACCUGAUUCAUGAAAGAAAGCAGUGCUGGUACCAGGCAAGCCUCCCUGUUGAGGCAAUUCCACAGAUGUGUGCAAAACAUCACCUCUCUUUUUGGCUUGCAGCUGCUUUGCCAUCAGCAAAGAUGGAACAGAGAGGGAGAGGGAGCAGGAGAGAGAGAGAGAGAUGAGCUAAAGGUAUGGAUAGGAUGGUUCAGUUAACUGGGUCGCAAGCUUUUUAAGGUUUUAAAGGUCAGGCUUUGAAAUGAGCUUGGAAGCAAACUAAUGCAGCUCUUUUGAGGGUGGUGACACAAGAGUCACAUACGCUUGCCAGAAUUAUAUUCUGUAGUAAACGAAGCUUCAAGUCUGUCUUUAAAAGCCGAUCCACAUAUAAUUUAUUUUACAGUAAUCCAGGCAGAAUUAUAUGCAAAUCAGCAUUCAUUAGUGAGGGGGAAGCGCUUUGCACCUGCACAAAGGGGGAGACUGUUUAUUAUUGUAUAUACGUGUCAGAACUAACCGGGCAAUCCUAGCCAUGCCUACUCAGAAGCAAGUUGAGUUUUCCCAGGUAAAUGGAGUUGGGAUUACAUCCUUAACUCUCAGACAUGCCGCCCCAAGCCCAAUCCUUAUGCACGUUCACUUAGAAGUAAAUACUCAUCAUUAGGAUGCAGAUUGAGCACAGUAAAUGAGAAGAUUGGGAGGAGUACAAUAUGCUCCUCAGUCUAAUAGUUAAGGCAGAGGUUUGAGAAGAAAGAUCAAAGGUUGUUUUAAGAGAAAAGGGCUUGUGUCCAUAGCUCCAUAACUGAUUAGUGCAGUGUCUGAAACUAGUUCAUGCUGUGCAGGGAAGUAAGUCCCACGGGUUUCAGUGUGACUCAUAAGUGUUCAUGCAUCAUAUUGCAGGCUGAAUUCACUUGGGGAGGGGGGAAUGCAGAUCACACUUUGAAGUUUUGAGAACAAUACAGCAAAAAGCAAACUAACGCGUAUCUGUUUCCGAAAAGUUGAAAACCAUACUGCUGGAUUGGUUGGUGCAAGUGAGUAGGAGAGAAACAGUGUAAAGAAAAAGUCUAUAAAAGGCAGAUACGCUGGUCCUAUUGAAAUGAGCAGUAAAGCUCACACUGAACUGAUUGUUCCUUUUGGAAACAAAUUUAUGCUGCUGGUGACAUUUGUAAUGUGAAACUGGUGUUUUCACCUGUGACACUUUUUCUACCCAUUGGUGUAGGUGGUAUAGCAUAAGACAGUAUAAAACUGUGUAGGUUAUGAAACAGUCAGAUAAGGGACAGGGAAACUUUUGCUUGUGUAGACCCUCAGUUAACAUUUGGUUACAUUGAGGUUUGGAAGGAACUUGGCAGUUAAUAAAACAUCUGUGGGAUUUAUGUUUUUGGUUAUUGUUUUUAAAAAAACCUAGUUUCUUUGGAAAAGUAAAGAUUGUAGGAGUUUCGUUUGUUUCAUAGAGUCUUACCUAGUAUGAAUUUGUCAGAGAGAGCAUAUAUUUUAAUGUAUAAUUAAGUAAACUACUUGGUGUUUACUUGAUGUUGGUGAUUGGGUGAUAUAUAAGCCCCAUUAAAUAAAUAAAUAUAAGUAAGUAACAUCAUAUUGAAUGAAUUGUAAAGACUACUGAGAAACAGAGUAUCAGGGAAGCUGGUGGCCAUGAUUCAUUUCCUUCAGAAUAGGCUUGUUUUCAGGGGAUCCAUGGACCCUCAAGGGGAAAGAGCUAACUUACCCAGCUUCCUGACUGAUGCAGAGAUUUGCAUCCUAUUGCUACAACAACAUCCUCUCAGAUUUUAAAUGCUGGCUGGCAUACAAACAAAUCCAAAUGCUUCCUAACAGUUUCAAAUUAACCUUGGCAAGCUUGGUGAGAAAGCUUUUCCAUUUGUGUAACUAUUGCAGGCUAAAAUUUGAAUUGAUGCAGUUUUUCUGGGUGAAACCGUAGGGUUUUUUGGGGGGACAUUCUAAUAAACCUGCAGAGGGUAUUUAAGGUUACAAACCCAUUUUAUAUAGCUGCUACUUUGUUACAGAAAUGAGACCAGGAACCUCAAAUAAGGGAUUACCCCGGAUCAAGAAUCAGCCAAUGCAUUAAAAUUGCUGGGAAGAAAAAUAGCUGAGAAAUCACUAUUGCCACCAUCGUAGAAGGAAGCUUUGGAACCUGACUGUAGUUUUUGAUUAUUAUGGUAUUGCAUGCUACACUACAGAGAACAUCAGUAGAUCUAGUUAUGACUUUUGACGAUCCAAUUCUGCGCAUGCUUAUUUAGAAAUCUGCAGUUACACGCGCACAUAGAAGUGAGCCACGUUAAACUCAGUGGGACUUGGUGAUUAAACAUGCAUAGGGUCAGCUCACCCAUCUCUUGAUCUGGUGUACUGAGGCAGGAUUGCAGUUAAGGGCUGCAAAUUUCACAGCGCAAUCCUCGAUCAACAUCUACUCGGAAGAAAGACCUCAUCAAAUUGAGUAUCACGGUUUCCCAGUAAGGUGUGUGUAUAGGACUGCAACAUUAGUCAAGUUAGGCUAAAAUCAUAAACACAGCUGAAGAGCAUCUCAUAUGAUGAACUAAAAAUCCUAUAAUUCAUUGACAGCCAUAGAUAGAUAGAUAGAUAGAUAGAUAGAUAGAUAGAUAGAUAGCCAUCCUCGUCACAAAUGCAGGCAUUGUGGGUGAGGAAUCUGUGUUGCCCCAGAUGAUGUUGGGAUGACAGCUCCCGCAAUAAAACCUGAACAUGGCCCUUGCUGGCUGGAUCUGAAUCUGAUGGGGCUUUGAAUGAAUAAAUUAAAGUCCAACAGCAUCUGGCAUGCCUGGUACAGGAGUCUUAACAACAGCUGGAGGUUCCCCCUGGCCCUCACUUUGACAGAUAGUAGAAGCAUUAAGAAGGAUAGAAACAUCCCUAUUAUUUUUCACUUUGGUAUGAUUUGAGAAAAACAGGGCAGUAGCUUUCCAUCUUAUAAAUGGUUAUAACAUAUUUGAAGCUGCUUCUGUUCUCCCUCAUACAAAGCUCUUCUAGCUACUACCAGAGUAAGAGGACGAGGAGGAGGAGGAGGAGAAUUUUGCCCUUCAGGCAACAUCUGCUUGAACACUUGCAUAUAGAUGAUCGGUAGCAUUCUGGCUUCCUUCCUUCCUUUACUUUAAUCUGAUCCUGCUACAGAGUCACGCUUUCUGAAAACACUGGUGUGUAACUUAAGUUCCUCCAAAGAAGGCAUCUGUGUUUGCCGUGGUAUGGCAGCGAGAAGACAUUUAUUUAUUCCAUUGCAGUGGUGGCCAGACAAGUUGUUUAUAUCACCCGUAGCCAUUUAAUGUAAUGCAAAAGGCUAUGCUUGAAAGAUGGGAGUUGCCAUUCAUAGUGGGAAACUUCCCUUUCCUUUCUUGUGUAGUAUAAUUAUAUUUUGGACCUCAGUCUUUCAAUGUGUUUCCUGCAAUGCAAGCAUAUAAUAUAUCUCGAACGAUUGGGUAUUAGUGAUAGCCACUUUUUUUCCCCAGAAGGAAGAUUUCUACAAAAUAAUAAUGAGAAGCUGGUGUAUAAAGUGGCAAUUAUGCAAAGCACAUUAAGGAGGUUUUUUUUUGGUGGGGAGGGGGAGAGAAGCAAUUACUGAAGAGGGAUUAUGGCAAGUAGCUGAAAGGGCCCUAUUUACAUGCUUGAAACAAUAAAUGCACUGUAAAUCAUUCAAGUGAUAAUUUUGGGGCUCUGAGAAAAGAGAAAGCUUUGCAGGGUUGUCACAAUACAGCUAUGUCCAAGCCAACAAUGUUCCUGCCUUGGAAUUUGCUAGGCUUCUUUUUUUAAUUGAAAAACAAAACACCCAUAAACAUAGCAUGUUUCACAUGCGGUCUCUACAUUGGCAUUAAAAAAUCCCCAAGAAACUCAAUUUCUUCAUUUGCUAACAACAAAUGAAUGGUCCCAGUUUUUCCACAUAAAGGCAUUUUGCCAUCAAGAUUUUUUUGUUUAUUUGCAGUAUGCAUUGUUUGGAGAGCAAACGCCUUUUGUUUUGUUUUUGGGAAGUGCCCAGAAUGGUGGUGGUGUGGUGCCAAGAGACUAUUGGGAGGUGGCCUACUGUGAUGUGAGGGGCUAAGAAUACAUUUGCAGCUAGAACUUCUAAUGACCUCAGAGUUUGAGCAAAAGCAGUCCCUUUGCAAGAGUGGGAAGUGCGGAGUUUUAAGAACAGCUGCAGGAAAAAACCAUAAAAUCCCAGGGGCGUGACCCACAAAGCAUGUAUUUAAGGGUUGAGAGACAAAGGAGAUUGCGCCAUAUAAAUUGGGAUUCAGGACACAAGCAUCAACACCCCUGAGUCUUGAAACUAUAGAUUAGUGCCAAGAAUCGGGCAUAUUUAGCUGCUUAGGCAGAAAUUUGGCUCAACAUGUUUCCAUUGCCUCAAAUGUCUUGAAAUAAUCACCAGGAAAAGCUUUCUGAAAGCAAGAGAAAUAAAAUAUUACUCCUCUUAAGGCAGACCCGUAUAGAGAGAUGGAGCAGCAGCAGCUGUCAGCAGAAUGUGCUGCUUCCUACAUUUUUGCUUCAGGUAAUUGCUGUGAUAACAAUAAUGAUGAAAGAUCUUAAACACAGGUGAGGCAGCUGCAUGAGAAGAAUCUCAAAAGCAUAUUAGCACAUCCGCCUCUCAUAUGUGGAUGUAGUCCUACCAAUAUUACUCUUGUGCAAAUGGUAAUGUCAGGAUGAGAGUGAUUGAAUCAGAGAGGUAAAAUCUAGAAACAGAUCCGUUCCUGUUCAACUUCAGAUGAUGCUACUGCAUCCUGGACAGGGCUCACAUACAUACCUUAGAUUCGUAGGGCUGUCCUGAAAACAUCCUAACUGUUUGAAUGUGCCUUUUGGUUUCCAGGGUUGAGCUUAAUGUAGCUGUUCAAUCUUGCCGGCCUUAUUACUUAUUAAAUUCUGAGAAGUGGCUGGUGCAUUUCAUAACAGUCAACAAAACAGGAUGCUGUAAUUUGGCACUGCAUUACUAAAAGGAUAAUGCUUGCCCCAGUCUGUAUAUGAAAGCAAAGUUCUGUGCAUGUUCUUCAUAUAGAUGUAUGUCUGGAUCUGCAUGCUCCCCCUAACAGCGUCACAGUAUUGAACUGAUUGGAUGCACUUUUUGAUGUGCCCAAGCAUGCAGUUAUGCAGAGAAAGUGACCUACUGCUAGUCAUUAUUCUGAAAGAGUCAUAUACUCAUACAGAGGGGGGUUAAUAAUGGUAAUAGGUCUUUCCCAUUAGUUGAUUCCUUAAUGUCCAUUAAUAUUCUUUCCAUUAAGUCCUUUAGUCACUGUAAUGUAGUGCCAUGUUUUCAUUCUCCACUCCUUAAAGUAAUGAGUGUUCUUAACAUUUUCAAUACUGCUCAUGCUUUUGACUUGGCGAUGUAAUGAUAUUUCCCAUAUAUCACCUUAAGCCAUUUGUCUGCCCAUAGGCUACUUCACUUGAUGAUAGUUAUCAAUAACCUUAAAAAAAGAGAAUAUUACGUAGGCUCAUGCUUAAACCUCUGCUAAUGAAAUAAAUGAGACUUGAAAGUGCUUUAAGGUUUGCAGGAUGGUCCCUGUUAGUCAGAUAAACUCUUCUCCCUGCUACUCCACUGCAGUAGCUGUCAGUGCUGCCGAACUUAAGAAUGAUGACAGAUUAGUCCAACUAGGCUAUUUCCUCUUCAGGCAUUAAUGUGGGUCAGCCUGUGCCCCUUGACACUCAUGCAAAUCCUUUGCCUUUAAAGGGUUUAACUAGGUGUAACUGAGCUGGAUGGAGGAGGAGGAGGAAGAAAUCCCUUAUCCAACACAAACAUACACACAGAGGGAAAAAUAAUUAAACUGCUGGUGGCUUGCAUCUAAUAAGAGCAAAAUCUUAACCACCUUGCACACAAAUUUACUAAUGUUAAACAGCGUAAGUAAAGAGGCAAAGAGCAUUCCUAGAGCUUCCCUUUUACUUAGCAGCUUAGCCGAGAAAGACUUAAGAGAGCAGAGUUGGGUUGGGUGGUCAGGCUAGGACCUGGGAGAUCAGGGUUCAAAUCUCCGCUCAGCCAGUCAUUGCCUCUCAGGAUUGUGCGGAAAGGAGGGGGUGGGAAUACCCAUCUUGAACUCUGAGGGGGGAAAGGUGGAGUCUAAAUAACUAAGAGUCUGCUUGUUCACAGUGCAACAGUCAGGAAGCAUGGCAGGCUCUCUAUCUCUGCUUUCAAUUUUUAAUUGUCCCACUUUAGAAUUUGCUAGGCAGAUGUGUUCAUUAGGGGCUCUGCAUUGGCUUUGUGGAAAGGAAAGCUAAUGGGAAGAAAGUGCUUUCCUUAUUGCAAACCAUUGAAGUGGAUUAAUGCCCUCGAGCCCCGCAACACAAAUUUUUAGCCACUUGAUUAUUGUGGAAUUAGCUUAAGCACAGAGUGCAAAAUGCCUUACAGCACAAUCCUAACUAUGCCUACUCAGGAAUUCCUAUUGAAUUCAAUAGGGCUUGCUGGUAGGUAGGUGGAAUUAGGAUUGUAAAACUUAAAACUGCAACCCUGUACUCAUUUACCUGAAAGUAAGCCCCACCUGACUUAAAUGUAGGCUUUUAUGAUUGUGCGGUUAGGCUCUCAUAUCACCCAACAUAUGAUGAGCAAAAUAAAAUGAAUAAAUCAGAUUUACUUAAAUGCAUGGUGGUUUAAAUUCUGGUUUUUCAUACAAUCAGCUUCUGGAUAAAGACUGAGAGCAGGUGAUAGUGAAAAGGGUGUGUGUGUGUUUAAGGAGAUGGGAAUCAGUGCCACAGGAGCAAAAAACUGUAAAACGAUAUCCACCUUGAUAUCCAAGAAGAAAAAAACCAAAACUUAAAAUCCUUACUUAUAUUGCCAGAGUGCUCAAACAUUAUUGUUUACAUUUCCUCCUAUCAUAUAAUUGUAUGUAUGCUUUGGAUAGUUCCUUGGCUGGUUUGGUGUGUCUGAAAGAAAUUUCAAGCUGUGUCUUGUGCCCCUGGUUUCACAACAGGUCAGCCUGAUUAAUCUCAUACUGUUGAGAGUGUCUAGCAAGGUAUUUAGCGCCAGGAAACCACUGAAGUGUUAAGCUCUGACGGUGACCUAUAUUCACCCAGUCCCCCAGCAAGGCUGAGCGAGGCUGAGCAUACAUUUCAUCUGUUUCCUAGCUGAAAAUAAAUUGUCCAACCCUUUGACUUCUGUGCACUGAAUAAAAAUACAGAAUUUACAUGUAUGAGCAGAGGGCUAUCUUCCGCCAAUAAGAAUUUCAUACCAAGCAGAUAUCUAAGCUGGUUAAUUUCCACGGGGUGUGUGUGCAAUAUAGGCUUUAUCAUCCCUCUUCAGCAAGAGCACAGAGGCUGCAUUUGUCCCACAGUGCUUGGCUUUUAAAUUUAUUUACAUCCUCCCUUUAAGAUCACGGGUUACACAUCACCAAACAUAGAGGACAAAAGAUGAUAUAGCUUUGCAUGAAUUUGCAUAUGUUGAUAUAUAUAGGCAGAAAUGCAAAUUUGGAAAUUAUUUCCAUAUUGCAAACAGGAAUUCAGUGCAUUUCACUGCAGUGGAGAAGACUGUGACAGACGACACAUGUCCCUGCUCAGUCUGAUGUCAAGAUGCUAACCAUUGAUGGGCAGUCCCAAAGGUCCUGGCUGCUGCUGCUGCUUAUGUUGUAUCUUUAAAACUAGACAGGCUGUGUGGCUCUGACCUCCAUUGGAAAGGAAUGGCCAAGGAGGCUGCUGGCCAUUGCCCUCUAGCAUCGACUGCCUGAGAUAGAGCAAAAGGGUCAUACCUCAGUUCCAGAACAUCUGCCUGGCAGGCCCCAGGUUCAAUGCCUGGUAUUUUCAGGUAGGGCUGGGAGACAUUCCCAACCUGAAGCCCUGGAGAGCUUCUGACAGACAGUGCAGGCAAUGCUAGGUGGUCUGAUUCAGUAUAAAGCAGCUUCCUCUGUUUCUCACACUGCCUAAGGGUAGGGCUGGCCCAGCAGCUCAACAAGAAACGUUAUGGAAACUUUUUCUGCAUUCUUGCUGAUUCUGCUGCUUUUGGAGAACUUAGAUAAACCCACUCCUUACUGGAAGCUGCCAGAGCUAGCUGCACAGUGUGCAAAAUUAAUGUGGAAAAGUAGCCAAAUGGACUGCCAUAACAUGAAUUUUUAAAAGCUUUCUCUCUUUAAUAUAGUAUAUGACCUGGGGGGAAAGAAAAUGAGGAGGGUUUACCUGUAGCAACGCAUUUAAAGAAGUCCAUUGUGCCUCAGUAACCAUAAACAAGAAUCAGCUGUGUUUUGUCCAAUAUGGUUUCCAUUUGAAAUAACCUUACCAAACUAAGACGUUCCCUUCUUCCCUAUGGAUCAAACACCUUUGAUAAAAAUAAAUAUUUAAGUCUUUGGGGUUUGCUCAGCUUAAUCCAAUCUUCCUCAGUUCUUAUUUUCGCAGUAUCAUCUUUCAUGAAACGUAAGUCUAAGAAAAGUGUUACAUUAUCUGAACUAGCCUUGAUGCUGGUUUCUCAGAUAAAAAAGAUAAGUUUGUUCAGGCUCUGUUUAACUCGGUGGUUGUGGUGGGAAAUAGGUGAGCAUGAGGUCAUGAAAAUAUGUAUGAUUUCACACAGGCAAACUGCUUGGCACCCAGACCUACCGUUAAUUUUAAUCCAAGCCUUCCCAGGGCCCUUUAAUAUUGCAACGAGAAUGCAAACAACUUUAUUCUAAACAGUUUAUGAGAAUAAAAAAGAUAAUAGCUGGCAAAACCUAGGGUGGGGGAAAAAAUCAUUAUUGGAAAUAAUAGUUUCUCUUGUUGAGCAUUACUGUUUGAUAAGUUAUACAGUGGUACCUCCGGUUACAGACGCUUCAGGUUACAGACUCCGCUAACGCAGAAAUAGUACCUCGGGUUAAGAACUUUACCUCAGGAUGAGAACAGAAAUCUUGCGGCGGCAGCAGGAGGCCUCAUUAGCUAAAGUGGUACCUCAGGUUAAGAACAGUUUCAGGUUAAGAAUGGACCUCGAGAACGAAUUAAGUUCUUAACCCGAGGUACCACUCUAUUGAUAAUCUGAUCAUAGCUGUCUGCUUUGGGGAGUGAUUUCACCUAAACCCAGUCUUGUACUAAAGCAGCAGUAGGGAGCUUUGAGUCUGCCCACCAGGCCUCUUAAUCUCACCCCAUCACUCUUCCUAAGCUACCCCGCUUCCUGUUUCCUAACAAUCUCUUCCGCCAUGCCUUCAAACUACUACCACUGCAUUUCUUCUCUGUGCACCGAGAAAUAACCUCCCGAUGCCUCCCACCCCACAGUGAGGACACAAAUGGAGUUGGGAGAUACAGGGAGAGAUUUUUUCCCCUUGUAUGGCCAGCUUCUGCCUUUUCUUAAGUGCAGAGCAAGGGGGAUGCCAAGGUGUGUGGGUGUUUGGCCCCAUCCGCCACUGGUAUGCAACCCAUGAACAACCCCACCAUCACACAAGGGAAUUGUGAGGGGUGGAGGCAAGGUUUUCCACCCCUCUUCUGGAGACAAUACCUGACAAGCAAUAGCACCUCAUAAGUGAUUCUUAGCUGACUGCAACUAUAUAAGGACUGACAAGUAGAUUAAGUCUUUGCUAGUGUACAGCGUACACACAUUGAAAUUAAUUACCAUGACCAACUUAGGUCCAUUAAUUUCACUGGUUCUGCUCUAAGUAGAACUUACUAAAUUGUAGUAACUCUGCCUAUAUUGUUGUCUGCUGCUAUAUUCUUGCCUUAAACCAAUAAAAAAAAAACAAAAAUAGUUUUGCUGAUGUUAUUUAGCCCUGGUAGGCAUUAGUUAAAGAUGGAAAACCCAUUUGCCUGUUGCAUAUAAUACAGGUUAGGCUCGGGAGAAUGUAAGGAAUUGAGUAGGUAUGUGCUUGCACCGGUUUAUUUAAAAUUUAUGCACUUUGUUGCUGAAGUUAUCUUCUAACGCAAGUAUUGGGGUUGUUGUUUUUUCUCAACUCCUCAGGCUAACUGGCCAGCGGUUGCCCUGUGACAGAGGACAUGGAAGAGCAGCUGUGUAUGCCACGGACACUGGAAACUUCAGUGAAAUGCAGCUUCUACUGUAGGUUCUGCCUGGCAGAGUGAAUACUGGCUAGCUUUAACGAAAUGGACGUUAUUGUGAUGAGGACCUCCAUACGGAAGGUUACAUGGUGCAAUAUGAAUAACUGUAGCCCUCCAUUUGUGGAGCGCCUCAACUUCUUUCUUCCGUCUCCCUGUGUGUUGCCGAUCGUAAGUGCUACUGUUUCCUCCAAGAGACUACUUUUUAAAAAAACUGUCAGUACUUGGGACUACUGUUUACGUGAAGUUAAAAUACAAACGAGUGGUGUUUUGCUUAGGGUCUCUGGUACUGUUUUUAGAAUCCUAAGUGUCCUGAUCAUUUCAUAGAGGGAAAACUUUAGCUCAGUGGGUUGGAUCCAGGUUUAUUCAUGAUUAGAGCAAACCUCUGAAAUCAGUGUAACAAGUUUGUCAUGAGUGACCAACUUAGACCUUUCAUUAGAUCUACUUCAAGCAUGAUGAGUAAGCCUAAAUCCAAUCAAGUAUAUAGACCAACUUGGGUCUUCAGUUGUUGUUGGGCUACAGCUCCCAUCAUCCCUAGCUCGCAGGACCAGUGGUCAGAGAUGAUGGGAAUUGUAGUCCAACAACAACUGAAGACCCACGUUUGGGAAACCCUGUUCUAGACUGAGGUUGACACUCAAGAGUCCUGCCUAGAGAAGGUACCGGUAUAUGGUAGACUGUUGAAAUAAGGUAGUAGCUUUCGACCUAUUCAGAUGUGGAGGCCAAUGUAUCUACCACUCCUUUUUUCUGACUCUCGUGCUCUUUUUAUUUGACUGUCUCAUUUUGUUAAAAAGGUUUAACAUUAAAAAUGGGGCUGGUCACCCAGGAAGUGAAGAUUGCCAGUGAUCUGAAAAAAACUACACACAUGCAUUGUUUCAUUCAGGCUAUAUAUAAGAUACAGGAACUUAAUUUAUUUUGAGAACAAAAUAUUAGGCUGUGAUCAAACUGCCAAAACACACAAUAUUUCCCGACAUACUUAUUUUUAACUUUAAGAAACAUUAGAGGAACUUUGGGUGGUAGGAACUGAAGCAUUGUGGUGAUUGUUACUAGGCUGCGUGCCUAUGAAAGAAUGCCAUUGCUACAAGUAAUUGGAGAUGAGAGGUGUAGAUUGUGUUUGAACUGACCCAUAAGUGAACUUUAUAAAUAGACUUUCAAGUUAGAGGGCCAACAUUCUAAUCCAAUAUUGAGAGACCUUUUUGUUUGAAGCAUAUAUUUAGUGCUUGAUUUGUGCAAACACAGGUAUGCUGCUCAGAAUAUUAAGAACAGCUUUCUUCAGAAGAUUAGUUUGCAGUAUACUAACUUUGCCUCUCUGCCUGCUCCGUUCUCGCCAAGGACCUUGGUUUGGGGUUGUAAGGUGCAAAAAGUAGUUUUUAAUAUGGAGGUGUAGAAGAUGGCAUCUUUUCUCACUUUCCCCAGCUUCAUUGUAGAAGUGUUUUGAGCCAACUUGUGCAAAACAGAUUUAAAGUCAGGACCAGGCCGCAGUAGAUAUAUGGCAUCUGAGCCUCACAACCUCAUGACUAGCCUUUUCACUUUAUUCACAACACUGUUUAAAAAUAGUGGUAACUAGCAACCUUUUAACAGAGCAGAAGAAGAACAGAAUUGUAGAGCUGGAAGAGACCACACUACUCCAACCCCCUGCAAUGCAGGAAUCUUGCACAAUGUGGAGGCACAGGACAAAAUGAAUUAGGAUUUGGGCUGGAAGGAUAGCUUUAGCUGUGAGUCCUGCAUAUUUACAGCUGCAGCUGUUCUUUAUGGAAAGCACCACUUUGUUUAACAGAGCUUACUUCAAAGUAAGUGUGUUUAUGAUUGCAGCCAUAGACUUGUACCAUGUAAGGGUGCAACAGAUAUUAAGCAAACCCGUAUUUCAAACCCAUACACGGGGAAUCUUAAUCUAUUUGACAGAUCGGCUCAAGUGGUGCUUGUUCUCCAACUGGGAGCGCCUCAUUUAGAGCACAUGCCACAUAUUACAACAACCUAGUUUAGUUCCGUCUUACAUUAUAAUGAGUUUUGAAUGUGCUUUCAGUGCACAUUAGCUUCUGACUUAAAACCAAUGUGGGAUAGUUCAUGUGGCCCUCACCAGUAAAGCCUUGUCUGAAUAGGAGUAAAACAUAUAAAGACAGAUAAACAUUCAUGUAAGAACAUGGCAUUUAAUUCUCUCUGCUAGAGUUAGGAGGACAGUGGAGGAAGGAAGGAAACUGGGAGGCAAUGAAGAACCUAAGGCUACAACACCAUGUGGAGUUUCCCUUCCACUCAGCUGUAACUGUGGCCGUGUGGUGUUGCAUCAGCCUUAGGACCAUUGGAAGCCAAGUUUGAGGAAGGGUCAUGGCCAAGUUGGAAGAGCAUCUGCUUUGCACGCAGAAAGUCCCACAUUCAGUCCAAGACAGACAAACCCUGGAGAGCAGCUGCCACUCAGUGUAGACAAUACUGAACUAGAUGGGGCAGAGGGCAGACUCCAUAUAAGACAAAAUCCCUGUUCAUCAGUACAACUUGCUGGGUAAUCUACCUCACAGAGUUGUUUGGAGGGGUGGAAAUUGGAUGGGGAGAACCCAGAGCUGCCUGGCACUAAGGGAGGGAAACAGUGCAAAUACUUUGUGAUUUUCUGCUAGCGUAUGUAACAUUGCAGGGACGUGGGUGGUGCUGUGGGUUAAACCACAGAGCCUAGGACUUGCCGAUCAGAAGGUCGGCGGUUCGACUCCCCGCGAUGGGGUGAGCUCCCAUUGCUCAGUGCCUGCUCCUGCCAACCUAGCAGUUCGAAAGCAUGUCGAAGUGCAAGUAGAUCAAUAGGUACCGCUCUGGCGGGAAGGUAAACGGCGUUUCCGUGCGCUGCUCUGGUUCGCCAGAAGUGGCACGGUCAUGCUGGCCACAUGACCCAGAAGCUGUACGCCGGCUCCCUCGGCCAAUAAAGCGAGAUGAGCGCCGCAACACCAGAGUCGGUCACAACUGGACCUAAUGGUCAGGGGUCCCUUUACCUUUUUAUGUAACAUUGCAUGCAUUUCUUCACCCUCCCAUGCUGCAUCAGUAGCUACUAGAGGGUGGGGAGGGGAACUAACACCGCAUGCCACAACAUAUGCAUUUCCAUUAAUACACGGUACAGGGUAUCGGAAGGGGAACUUGACGCAAGGUUGUUAUUUGGGGCAGUAGCUGCACUUUGAUUAGUGCGUCCAGUUUGGCCCUUAUAGGCAGUGCUGCUAAAUAAGCCAGUAGCAACACAAUAACUUUCCCAAGGCGCUUACGGCUUCUAAAAAUGCAAACGAACCUCUCACUGCACUAUCUCACCGAUGAACAAAUUGCAUGGGAACUCUUCUUUCACGUUCAAAUAUACGAAAAAAGGGUUCGUAUAUGGGGCUUUCUACAUAGAGCACAUUACGGGCAAGGCUUGGCUGGAUGGGGAGAAAUCGAGUUUGCGGGAAACCAUUCAAAUCUGAAAAAAAGCAGGCCAAGUGUUGUUGUUGUCCCCCCUCCCCCUUGAACACCUGAUAGAUGAUUAAAAAGACACUUUGCAAAAGUCAAACUGCACAUUAACAGAGCAGCUUUGUGACUACAGCCGUACCUUGGAAUCUCCUGCAGCCAAUCAGAAGCCACGAAGCCCCAUCAGACGUUCAGGUUCCACAAGAACGUUUGCAAACCAGAAUAAUCACUUCUGGGUUUGCCGCGCUUGGGAGCCAAAACAUCCGAGUUCCAGUGCGUUCGGGAUCCGAGGUACGACUGUAUUUACAUGCAAUGCAGUAAGUAAACUAGCUUUGGAACUGGCUUACUUGUUUUCUCCCCACUGCAACCAAUUAGAAAGACAAUCAUAAAAAAAUAAGCCAAAGAAAAACCAAAAAAAGGAAAGAAAAACACAGACCACCACCAUCUUCUGCCUUGCCAGGACAAGCAUGAUAGGACUCUGAAUUUGAUGGUUCCUCUGCCUUUUCAUUCUUCCACCCUCAACCCCUUUGGAUUGCUCUGCCCAUAUUUCUGUAGGUAAAUAGCACAGUGUAGUUUAAAGGGUCCAUUUUUGUGAAUUCUUGAACCACUUGAUCUCUGGAUUACCUUAAAAGAGGAACUGCGCGUUUCAGACUUGCACUAUCACAUGCAGGGAAACUCAACUUGUAUUAAGACCCUUGUCUUGUUUGAAAGCAAUGUUAUGUGGCACAAAAUGUACACUGAAAUAGAAUAAGCACGAAUAAAGGGCUUGUACAGGGCUCUCGCCGUCAAAUACGACACUUCUUGCCGCUAGCCUUGUAAGACAUGACUGCUUUCUGUCUGUGGAGGCGUUUUGCUGCUAUAGUCAUAAAAAUGUUUACAAGAGAUAAUUGGUUCAAUUCCU